GAUGUCAUAAUCACGUCAAAAUUAUUGUGUGUACCACAUGUGUAAGCUUUUUAUGCAAUUUUCAUGAAACAAACAAACUUAUCAUUAAGUAACUACAAUAGUCAUUACUGUAAAAAUGAAAUUAUGGAUCCACAAAGAAAAACACCGCCCGGACCAAUGGCACCAUCUAGUGUGAGAGCAGCACACAAAAGUUUCGCAGUCACGAAUACUUAUAUCAAAAACGUUAGUCCUCAAAAAGAAAUUGUAACAGUCCACACUAGCACUCCAAAUGUUGAGCACAGAUCUUUUCACAGCGAACAAAACCAGGUAUAUCAAGGAGAAGUUAACGUGCUCUCAAUUAUAGAUACGAAUAAGGAAAUAACGUGUUGCAAGUAUACAGAAGAUGUAAAAGAAAUAGCCUCUGGUUUUAUUGAUGGCACUAUAAGAUUAUUUGACUGUAAUACGGGAAAUUGUGUCCAUACUCUUGUCGACGAUGAGUGCCGUGCAUACCCUGGACCUGUCACUGCUAUCAAACAUAGACCAGUUAGCAAGGCACAUCCUGUAACAAAUAUGUUAUUAACUUGUUAUGUUAAUGGAUGUAUAAAAUGUUGGAAAUAUAAAUAUGAACAAUGUCUAUACACGAUAAGGGAGAAACGGCAAAUACUAGGAUUAUGUUACCACCCACAUUAUAGUAAAUUCGUUACCUAUGGUGACGAUGCUAAGCUAAACAUGUACGACGAAGAGGCACAGACUCAAGAGAGAGCUUUUUAUUCUAGCCAACGCAAAAACAUAAUAGAUGGACACACGUCAAGAAUUUUCGCCUGUGUCUUCAAUCCUAAAUCACACCACGAAUUGAUCUCAAGUGGAUGGGACGACACGGUGAUGUGUUGGGACGACAGACAACCCUACGCUACUCGUUACUUCUCUGGUGUCCACAUGUGCGGCGAAGGGCUAGAUUUCGAUAAACCAGGAAGACAGAUUUUAACAUGUUCUUGGCAAGACAAGGACAGUAUUCAAAUCUGGGACUAUGGAUCCUGCAAACUAAUCGAAACAAUAACGCCAGAUAGCUACCAGUCAAAAUUAUACUGUGGGAAAAUGGUCCCGCGUACUAAUUUGAUAGUCUGUGGCGGUACGGAACCUAAUAUUCUACGCGUCGUAGACGUCAAUUUAAAAAUUACGGAAUGUUCAGUACGCAAUAACCCCGGCGGUAUCUAUGCAUUCGAUUUUGGAACGAUAAGGAGAAAACUGACAAAAAUACCAGACACAUAUAAAAGAAUGAGUGAAAUACCAAACGUUCCACGCGUUGCUUUUGUCACUGGAAAAAGACUGCAAACUGUUGACUUCGGAUAAAUAAGUUUGAUUGCAUUUUACUGUGAUGGUGAUCUCAUACCGCGAAACGACCACAAGCUCUGGGGCGUAGAAGCCGUAUCUUUCAGUACUGGAAAUGCGAACAAAGGCACAAAAACGAGCCUGCCACAACGGUCGCAGAUUUGUUAUGCCAUCGCCGUAUUUCAUCGGCGCGCCCAAUGCGGCCGACUCGCGCAUUCAAAUUUUCAGUAUUGAAAAGUCAUAUAGUCGUAUGAGAUCACCUUUAGACUGCAGUUACACGCUCAGCUUGGCAUCAGUUCAACUUCAAACAGGCCAUGACCUUGAUCACAGUGAAUCUGAAACUAAGGGGCUGAAGAGCAUUAGAUGUUUAUUUCAGCAUAAGUUUGGCUUGAAGAUCUUGUCUGUCAAUCUGGAUCAUCAGUCCACCUGAGAGUCUACCAGUCAACACUGAACUAAAUUAAAACCUAAUGUCUUUUUGACAACAAUCAUAAAGAUUCAAGUGAUAUCAAACAAAGUGCAACUUAGGCCUAGUAUAAUAAGGCAAAAAAAACACGAGUCUCAUUAUAAAAGUCUCUACUCACAAACAGGCGUUUAUACAAUUUACUGUGAUAGACAAAUA